AUGAACACCGCCUUUUUCUUCAUCGGACUUGUUGUCACAGUUCUGCUUUAUCAAGUUUUCCAGCUGGUUUACCGACUCGCCUUUCAUCCGCUACGAAGAUUCCCUGGCCCACCACUUGCCGCUCUUACUCACUAUUAUAGGGCAUACUACGAGCUCCUUUGCGAUGGAGGAUGGGUUGAGAACCUUGAGGUGCUUCAUGCACGUUAUGGUCCCAUCGUGAGAGUCAGUCCAACCGAGGUCGACUUUAGUGAACCAGCUGCAUAUGAAGAAAUCAUGAGCAAGCAUCCAAAGUAUCAUGGGUUCUAUAGGACCCUUGCCAAGCCGGAAGCUCAGGCUUUGACCACGAUUGUUGAUCCUAAAGAGGCUUCAAGGAGACGGAGUAGAAUUGGUUCAUACUUUUCACGAAGGGCAGUCCUGCGACUUGAGCACAUCGUUCAAGAAAAGGUUGACAAACUCACUCGGAUACUUUGCUCUUAUGCAGCCUGUGGUCGCCCAGUUAACCUGACAUAUGCAUACCGCGCCACAACACUCGACGCGAUCACGUCCUACCUCUUCGCUCAAGAACUCAACACCCUAGAUUACCCCGACUUCCAGCACCCGAUGUUGUCAACGAUUCGGGAAUUACUCAAGAACAUCUGGUUCUCCAAGUAUCUCCCCCUUCCGAACCUCGACCAACUUCCCGAAUUUGUCGUUCGUUGGCUGUUCCCUAGCGCAGUUCCCAUGCUCGAACAACAAAAGUAUCUCGCUGAACAACUGGAAAGGUUGGCCCAGGAACAUCCCUCUAUUGAUGGACUAGGACACAAAGUUAUUUUCGACGUUUUCCUGGAUGAGAAGUCCGACGGCAAAACAUCUUGGGUCAUUCCCCGUCAACAACUGCUUGACGAGGCCCUCAGUCUCCAAAUCGCUGCUUCCGAUACCACCGCCAAUACUUGUAUGGUAGGGACAUAUCAUAUCUUGACAAAGCCUAGGGUUCAGGCAGCGCUAAGAAGGGAAUUGGACGAAGCAUGGUCGGUAUCCGAAGGACCUCCAAAUUACGAGAAACUGGAGAAGCUGCCCUAUCUGACUGCCGUCAUCAAGGAAUCCCUACGCCUGUCAAUUGGGAUCACGUCUGCCCUUCCCCGGCUCGUAGAACGACCAGGGUCUUUUGUGAUGGGAACUUCAAUUCCACUCGACCGUCGUAUCGUGCAGUUCUUACUUUAUCCAUAUGAAUCCGAUGAUAUUUCCGAAUCCAUCUGA